AUGGCAUCACCUGACAAUGCCGUCGAUGAAAACGUUGAAUUGUCGCUCAGUGACCUUACACAUGUCGUCCAUAUCGAUAUGCGUCAGUGGAAGUCUUGUGGUGAAAACAUUGCAGGAAAGCCAAGUGGUGAAAACAUUGCAGGGAAGCCUAGCGGUGAAAACAUUACAGGGAAGUCAAUUGGUGUAAACAUUGUAGGGAAGCCUAGCGGUGAAAACAUUGCAAGGAAGCCAAGUUAUGAAAACAUUGUAGGGAAGCCAAGUUAUGAAAACAUUGCAGGGAAGCCUAGCGUUGAAAACAUUCCAGGGAAGCCAAGUUAUGAAAACAUUGCAGGGAAGCCAAGUUAUGAAAACAUUGCAGGGAAGCCAAGUUAUGAAAACAUUGCAGGGAAGCCUAGCGUUGAAAACAUUCCAGGGAAGCCAAAUUAUGCAAACAUUCCAGGGAAGCCAAGUUAUGAAAACAUUUUAGGGAAGCCUAGCGGUGAAAACAUUGCAAGGAAGCCAAGUUAUGGAAUCAUUGCAGGGAAGCCUAGCGUUGAAAACAUUCCAGGGAAGCCAAGUUAUGAAAACAUUGCAGGGAAGCCAAGUUAUGAAAACAUUGCAGGGAAGCCAAGUUAUGAAAACAUUUUAGGGAAGCCUAGCGGUGAAAACAUUCCAGGGAAGCCAAGUGGUGAAAACAUUACGGGGAAGCCAAGUGGUGAAAACAUUACGGGGAAGCCAAGUGGUGAAAACAUUACAGGGAAGCCAAGUUAUGAAAACAUUGCAGGGAAGCCAAGUUAUGAAAACAUUGCAGGGAAGCCUAGCGUUGAAAACAUUCCAGGGAAGCCAAGUUAUGAAAACAUUGCAGGGAAGCCAAGUUAUGAAAACAUUGCAGGGAAGCCUAGCGUUGAAAACAUUGCAGGGAAGCCAAGUUAUGAAAACAUUGCAGGGAAGCCAAGUUAUGAAAACAUUUUAGGGAAGCCUAGCGGUGAAAACAUUGCAGGGAAGCCAAGUUAUGAAAACAUUGCAGGGAAGCCAAGUUAUGAAAACAUUUUAGGGAAGCCUAGCGGUGAAAACAUUCCAGGGAAGCCAAGUGGUGAAAACAUUACGGGGAAGCCAAGUGGUGAAAACAUUACGGGGAAGCCAAGUGGUGAAAACAUUACAGGGAAGCCAAGUUAUGAAAACAUUGCAGGGAAGCCAAGUUAUGAAAACAUUGCAGGGAAGCCUAGCGUUGAAAACAUUGCAGGGAAGCCAAGUUAUGAAAACAUUGCAGGGAAGCCAAGUUAUGAAAACAUUUUAGGGAAGCCUAGCGGUGAAAACAUUCCAGGGAAGCCAAGUGGUGAAAACAUUACGGGGAAGCCAAGUGGUGAAAACAUUACGGGGAAGCCAAGUGGUGAAAACAUUACAGGGAAGCCAAGUUAUGAAAACAUUGCAGGGAAGCCAAGUUAUGAAAACAUUGCAGGGAAGCCUAGCGUUGAAAACAUUCCAGGGAAGCCAAGUUAUGAAAACAUUGCAGGGAAGCCAAGUUAUGAAAACAUUGCAGGGAAGCCUAGCGUUGAAAACAUUGCAGGGAAGCCAAGUUAUGAAAACAUUGCAGGGAAGCCAAGGAAGCCAAGUGGUGAAAACAUUCCAGGGAAGCCAAGUGGUGAAAACAUUACAGGGAAGCCAAGUGGUGAAAACAUUACAGGGAAGCCAAGUGGUGAAAACAUUACGGGGAAGCCAAGUGAUGAAAACAUUACAGGGAAGCCAAGUGGUGAAAACAUUACGGGGAAGCCAAGUGGUGAAAACAUUGCAGGGAAGCCAAAUGGUGAAAACAUUGCAGGGAAGCCAAGUUAUGAAAACAUUGUAGGGAAGCCAAGUGGUGAAAACAUUCCAGGGAAGCCAAGUGGUGAAAGCAUUGCAGUGAAGCCAAAUGGUGGAAACAUUCCAGGGAAGCCAAGUGGUGAAAACAUUCCAGGGAAGCCAAGUGGUGAAAGCAUUGCAGUGAAGCCAAGUGGUGGAAACAGGGAAGCCCGGUGUUAG